UCAAUUAAUACCAGCUUACAUACGCCGAAAAUUUGAUGGUUUGAGAAAUCAUUUAUUCAAGAUCUGGUUCCGCACGUUGUAGUCUUACCUCAGUUUUUUCUUCUCGGAAGCCAUCAAUUACGCAUGCAUCAUAAUUAUAUCAAUCUCGUCACAGAUUCAAAACAACAGACGUUCCAAACACCGUCUCAAAAGAGGCACCGAGUUUCUGCACUGUGUAUGUCGUUGGCAAGGGAAAGAUAUCAUAUAUGCCAGCUGCUACCACUUCACUGUCCCAGGCAGCUUACUUGCCUAAUCAAAAACAGCACCAAACAAACAAAGCUUCUGACACAAAUGAUACGCAAUUCAGCCACAACCAGCAAUGCAGAGCAUGGGAGAGGACGCAGUAUCCACCACAAAGCCAGCAAUAAGGAGCAUGCCUCCAACUACAAACUUGACAGCAGAAACUAAUAUACCACAAAUGAUUAUCCGAGCCAGUUCUGGUGUCCCAAUAUCAUUCCUUCAAUAAUUGAUACCUAAAAUUUACCAGUUUUUACUGGUUUUAGUUCCACAAUCCAAAAGAAGCUUUAUUUUUAUAAAGCAUACAUGCAGGUAUAGUUCAGAGUAUUAAUACGUAAUUUUCUUGAAAAUAAUAGGAUGAAUUGGAAGCUGAGAUGAGGAGGCUCAGGCUAGAGCUCAAGCAAACAAUGGACAUGUACAGUACAGCCUGCAAGGAGGCACUCACAGCAAAACAGAAGGCAACCGAACUCCACCGGUGGAAAUUGGAAGAGGAACAGAGAUUAGAACAGGUACGAUUAGCUCAGGAAGCUGCAUUGGCACUUGCAGAGAAUGAGAAAUUGAAAUGUAUGGCAGCCAUGGAGGCUGCAGAAGCAGCUCAAAGGAUCGCAGUAAUGGAAGCACAGAAAAGGAGGAAUGCAGAAAUGAAAGCCUUUAAAGAAGCUGAGGAGAAGAAGAAGGCAAUAGAAGCAAAAACAUAUGAUUUCAUGUUCAGGAAAUACACAAUUGAGGAGAUUGAAGCAGCAACAAAUAAUUUUUCAAGAGAGAAACCGACCUUGCGUGCCAAGGCUCGAUUUUGUGAAUGGGAUUGAUGGCAGAAAAUAGAAAGGCGUUUUGGGUAGAGAGAAGCUGAAACACGUAUUGGGCUCAGAAGAACCGUGACCCCCAUUUCCUGACACAGCUGAGUGUUGGAAUGAUAACACAAAUUUGAACCCUCCGUUUAAUGCAUUUCGAUAUUGAUACUACAUUUGGAAAUGUUCCAUUGAAAUGUUUUUUUUCCCGAUAAUUUUUAAAUAAAGAUUUAAACCUUAAAUACUUUCGU